CUGCGCCUGCGCCGCGAUGGCCAUUUCGGAUGCCGUUCAGACCCUGUCUGCGGCAUUUUCAUUUGGUAUAUUGCUUCAGGCGGCGUCAGGAACGUUAUUCCUUUACUACAGAGGUCAUGGACCGACGAUUUUUCAGGACGGCCGGAGGCUGGUCCUCGUGUUUUUCUUAUUAUUUGCCGCCCUGUGGGCGCAAAUCGAUUUUGUGAACCUGCUACUACCAGUAACGUCGACGACGGCUUGCCAGGUGACACUGGUCUUUUCAACGAUGCUCGACCAACUGGCGCGAGUGGUGAUGGAGCAAUUUUUACUGUGGUCGGUGGGACACGGAACGAAAUUGACAGCGGAGCGAAUGGUUCUGCAGGUUGUAUUACUUCUCAGACUCAUUGCAGGCGGACUGCUUGUUGGUUUUACAAGGCCGGAAUUUGCUCCCGCGUGCGUGGCCAGGACAUCGGUGCUACCAGUUGCGAUUGUCGUUCUUGUUCUGGAUGUGAUCGUUAUUGGUGUAUUGAUCAUUCGAGCCUUGUCGCUGGGCAUGUUCCAAGAUUUGAGGGAAGGGGAUUCAUGUCCGAGACAGGAACAAAGCAGAGCGUUGAUAAUCAGUAUUGCUGGCUUCACUGUGUGGACUGGAACUAGCGUUGCGAUGAUAUUGGGGAUCCCGACUAUUCUCCUCACCAUCCGGACAGUUUUACCGUCCAAUGGCCUUCUGAUUCUUGUUGGCAUCAUUACAAUGUUCCUCCGUCCUCUGAUGCUCGCCCGAGAGGAUGAAGCAAUCACUCCCGAAGCGAGAUCCCCCUUUGUGACUCCCAUACCACCAUCGCGAGAGCUCUUCCGAGAUAAUGUCGCCAGCAAUGGAUCUCCAGUUUCCGGUCAUGGAUACGCCAAAAGCGGAGGGCUGUUCGUUGUAAAUCCUUCCUCCACGCCUCGAGACUCACCAACUGCCAUGUUCCAGGGGAAUUCUCGAGGCGAUACAAAGGGAUUUACGAAGCUUGGAGAAGAAAUCACAGUGCAAACUAUGAGUAGAGAUGCUCCAGGAAGGCCUGAGAGACCUGACGGAAAAUAUGGAGCAGGAUAUCGCGGGUCCAGUGGGGUCUUCCCGUCCAUGUUCACCGCUUCGCCGAUUGGUGUUAUAGGUGCUCUUGCACCACAGAUCAGACCCAAUAUCACUGUCAAAACACAAGAUUUAUCGGCAGCAAUCCAGCAAAAGCGAUCCCUCUUCAACAGGUCUAAGCCCCCGCCAAAGGUUAGUGUGCGAGGUCUGGCCAUCUCUCAGCCAGUAAUGGCCAAUCCAGAUGGUUCUGCCAUACAGCCAGUUGCACGAAUGCAAACAAUCGACUUGGCAACAGCCGCCAUCAACGAGCGAAAGCGUCGAGAAGAGGCCGCUGCCAGAUCCAGACUCGUAGCGAAUAAAGCCCCGCCUCAACCUCCUGGAAUGUCAGCACAAGAGGCAUUGCGCCGAAGUAUCAGCGUUAAGAGAAAGGAAAUGCCUUCAUAUCAUCCACUUGUGAUGCCGACGAUUCCUGCCUCUUCGGCAUCUGGACUCUCGGUUGACGCUGCAAAUGGAAGUACGACAUCAGCAUCUCUUUCUCCUGGGCGAGAAGAAGUCCGACGGAGAUCACCUCGCAAUGCAAAUAGCUUCAAUAUCUUGAUGGACGAAAAGCCUUCUCGACAACUUCCUCUCCAGAGAAAAGUGACCCUUGGACUACCAUCGAACCCCAAAUCCCAAAGAAUCACCAUGGCACAAGAAAUGGGUAUCCCAAGGGAGCAGACCGUGAUGUUAAUGAACGACAUCGUCUACGACGAUCCUGGAAUGGUCAAAACCAUCAUCAGUGGGGCACCAGGGAUGUAUGUCUCAGCAAAGAAAAACCAUAAGACGUCGGAGAAGACUUCCAUUGACUCGACGGCCAGUGGACUCCACUCCGCCAAUUCCGUCAUUCAUCGUCCUCGGCCGUACAAACGUAAAACCCAGGACCAAAGGAAUUUGUUCCCAAGCGAGCCCUCUCCAGGGCAUAGGAGGAGUAGAUCAGGUUCAUCGAUUGUGGUCCGAAAGUCAUUUUUGAUGUCCGACCCUGGCAGCCCUACACUACUGCCGCCGCUCCCACCUCCUCCUACGAGUGCAACCAAGUUGCCUCGUCUCCUGCCCAAUGACACGAAGAGCAUGACGUUUGAUGAGAAGAUUCAACUGCUCUUCCCAGCCCCCCCUGGGCCGGUCUCUAAACACAAUCGCAGGUCCUCAGUUCCGUCUCUUCCUCGAGUACCAUCCGUGUUCAUGUCUGAGAGCCCGCAGGCACAGAGCCCGACAGACGAAGAACUUCCAAGCCAAAGAGCUUCGAAGCGAACAACCAUAGCCUCUUUUGGGAUACCCGAUAUGUCUAAUCUAAAUGGAUCACCAAAAUUGGAACUCUCUCGCCAGGAAGAGCGCAAAACCUACCGCUUCAGCGCAAAUACCUACAGAACUAUUGCGGACCAAGUAGGAGAAACCUGGAUCCCAGGCAUCCCACCCAAGGAAAUUGAUAUCCGCAAUUCAAUUCAGCAACCUGCGCCUCGGCCUUCUGCUUAUGACAUGCGCCAGUCUCAUUUCACUGAAGCAACAACCUCAAGUGAUGAGAGUUCUCAGGAUGAUUCUACUACUUAUUGGGGAUCUAUCCACUCAGAGAUUCCACCCGUAGAUCUUUCGAAAGUAAUGCAGACAGCACAAGCAACCAUGGUUCAGAGAUCUGGUGCUCGAGUUAACGCUAGUCAGGGCAGAACUUUGCCACCUGUUCCACAGGUCAAGCACGAGGAGGAAGAAGUGAUAAUGACAGUGAUGCUGGAAACAGAAGAGACUUCACGAUCGUUCUUGCCCGGAUCUGCCCCUAACAGAGGCUCGUUUUUCCUUGAUGCAGAUCAAGCCUUGCCUGGUGACAAAACACCCACAGCUCAAAAUCUGCCUUCAUGGCAUCGCCGAAUUGGUGAUGAGCUCCCAACAUUCUCAGAGAGGAAGUCGAAUUCUAGGUCUCGCAAAAUGCCACUUCCUACACCUCUCCUUUUAAACAAGACCGGACGAAAAGCUAAAGUCAUCGUCCGGGCAGCUGAGCCAUCUCCACCCGCAGACUCGCCUGAGCGUGCAAUCCAAGAGAUACAGGCACAACUCAAGCGUUUAGAAGAGCCUAGUCGAGGAUCAGUUGGCUCCCUUCUGAGGCAUUUGCCGAAUGUUACAACCAGUGUUGACGAGCAAGACCAAAACAGCCGCCUCCGGCUUCUGGAAAAUCUCGAGAAAGAGAUGGGGCAACAGCAGGAUCAGUGGCAGCAAAUGCAAACAAAUCUCGAUCGAGAUUCCAUGUCCGUCAUCAUGACUCCCAAAGCUGAGCCUUCAGAAGAGGAUAUGUCCCGACGAUCGUCUCAGAGGUCUGCCCGCACCCCACCUGGAGUUAUGUCCCGUCGCGCUCGUAUUCGAAGCAGCAUGACAGUGCGAUCUAAGGGUGAAGACUCCAGCCGCACCAACUCGACCGCAAGCUCUGAUAACUCGAGAGCCAGUGUUUGGCAACAACGUCUUGCAGAGGCUCAUAUGGCCUAUGUGGAGAAUGCACCAGAUCUUCUUCGCAAACGAAGCUUGAACUUCCUCUCAAUUUCGAAGGCCCAGCAACAGCAGCUGGGUAGUCCAACUCCUCCUGACUCUGAUACCGACUUGGAAUUCGAGUCCGAAUCCGAAAAUGGGGAGGUUUCCAAUCACGUCAGCCAAGACCUUGCCUCACUUUGGCAACUUCCAGUGUCUUCACCUAAAGCAGCUGUUGGCCGCAUUUGGAGCCGCCAAGAAAAUCUAAUUAGUCGACCAGCGUCUCCUCAACCUCCUGCCCGUGAUAUUAGGCCCGCACACCGCCUCCUUAAGUAUCCUCUCGUGAUCACCAGCUUCAAUCUCUGGACAAAGCCUCAUUCUUCUACUCACAGCCGUCCAGUCGUAGCCCUUUGGGGCUCAAAGCCUGUGCGCCCUAGAAGCAUUUUGACUCGUCGCGCCAUCCAAAGGCCGCAGCGAAAAUCGAGGCGUGUGACGUUCCUUCCGGACAUUGUUGAAAGCCCUGUGCCUAUUCCGAAUAAGAGAGAUACUCUUGGUAUCUUCCAAUUUCCUUGGGGAGAGACAUCUGAUCAACCCAUUUAUCAACCCGCGUUCAACCCAGCUCUGCUGGCUGGCCCUGCCAUCAACGCGAGAUUAGAUGCUCGAUCUCGACAACUUGAGCCCGAAUCUGAAUAUACAUCUUCCUUCUUUGACGAUUAUGAUGACGGAGAGACGGACCCAGAGAGUGACGACGAUUUCGACGAAACCACCCUGUGGGAAAUUGCAAAUCUUUUGAACACGAAGGAUAUUCCUUCCAAGAACAGCCUCCUGCCUUCUGGAAGAGCAGAAAUCAUCGAAGAUUAUGAUGAAUCUGAAAGUGACUCCGAGGAGAACACCAGCAGCAAGGCGACCAACAAGGCACCGCCAAUGCGUCUCCCAAUCCAGCCACUGUCAGUUCCCAGGGAGAUUUCGCAGCUCUGGGCGAAGGAUGUUACAUCUGCGUUCCCAGCGGUUGAAGUUGGUUUACCAGAACCUGAGCCCAGUGCUUGGAAGGCUCUUGUUGCAUCUUCAGACAAUGUCUUUCGGUCUAAGCCGCGUACCUCCGAUACAUUGCCAAUACUUGCUACCCGUGACUUGUGGACCGUUCCGGAGAUAGAAGUGAAUGCUGUUUCAUCUUCACCUUCUAUGUGGACCACCAACGAGAUCCUUGAGCAGUCAUCGAGCCAAGUACCGACGCCAGGAACCAAUCAGCCUACUCCAAUGUGGUCGCCACCAGCAGAACGAACCGAAGACCACAAGUCUGGCCUUUUCACGAACCCUACUGAAGGCUCAGUGAUCCGUACAACGCAGGCAGUACCAGCCGCAAUCGAGAUGGUGAAAACCCCGCGUCAAGCAACCAAAGCAGUUCCUAAAAUAUCAUCUCGGAAUAUGUGGACUACGGUUCAGAAUUCUGAGAGUGCGACUGAAUGGAUUUCGAAGUCUAGCGUACCCAUGAGUGGACGAUCAGUUUCGAGCCCGUCACCCCUGUGGACCACACCAGUAAAGGUGGCGACUGUCACUGUGUUCGGGCUCUUCGAUCUUUCCAUGCCGAGAUCUGAUUUUCGCCUUAGCUCUUUGGCACCAGCCGCAGUCAACAUGAUCUGCAAGCCUCGCAAAUCUCUGAGUCCCCUAAGCGGAUUGACGUCUAGUGGACUCUGGAAUGGUUGCAAUAAGCUGCCGAUCGAACAAGAUUGGAUCUCAGUGUCCUCAGUGCGACCUGAAAGCCCUUCAGUAUAUUCUACCACUUCUUCGGGUAGCUCGUCUCCGGCAUCUGAUUCAUCCUCCGUUGCAUCCAACAGCACGAAAGCUUCCUCUUUCUGGAGCUCUAUUGGAAAUGUAACACCCGGUUCUGUAUUUACAUGGUGGGAGGGCAAGAAAUCUACACCAACUUCCCUGGAAGGAGAAGCUAAGCGGUCAGCAAAGAUACUCCGCCAGCAGUCUUCCAAACAGCUCGCUCCCCUGCGAGAAUCGGAGGUCCUGGCAUCUCGAGACUUGUGGGAAUCUAGAGCCCCAGUUUUGGAGACCCCUGCAAAGAAGUUCCGCAAAGCUACAACUACGAAGUCCCUUCGUCACCAGUACAGAUCUAAUGUUGCCUUUCGUGCAGACUGGGAAGAAGCUCUCGCUCAAGCAAUACUUGCUGGAACACCCAAGAAGUCUUUGACACAACCUCUCGCAACCCUCACUGAUUGGGAGUCUGCUCUUGCUGAGGCUGUUGCUCUUGGACAACUGACCAAGCGUUCCAAAUUUGACCCAACUGUGAUGCAUCCAGUCUUCUUCAUAGAGUCCCUCGUUUCAAGCUCUAUCGAUAUUCACCCCGCCGCAAUUGGUUACGUGACGAAGAGACCUGCUUACGAUGCCUCCGUUCUUCACCCUGUAUUUUUCACCGAAUCCCUCGUCUCGAACGCGAGAGAAGUCCACCCGGCUGCACUUGGACAUUUAGCCAACAAGCGGUCGCAGGCUAGGGGUAUGUGGACAUCAGCGCCGUCAUCUCCUCCCUCCGAACGUAUGCAAUUGUGGUCAAAGAACGCAGGUCAAGCACGCGAUUCUUCAAUGCACAGUGAGGAGUUCAGCGGUCAUGCAGUCCGAAAAGCUCUCACGAUAAAACCGCUAAACCUGCCAGUACUGAGUUCGUCCACGUUCUGGCAGCAGCCGGCCCAAACUGCGAAGCAACAACGCGACUGGCUGACAACGGCCCAUGUCAAGCGAUCUUCGUCUCGCCCUGCGGCUGUUCAACGUUCGAGAACGAAUACUUUGUUUGUCAAAGAUACCACCAAGUCAUCAGUUACUCACUGGCUCCAUAAGACAUCUACCGCGGGAAUCGCCUUCAAGCAGUCAGCAAAGAUGGAGAAGAAUGACCCCGCAUCGGCCGCACUUUUCAUCAAUCCGCACGCCGAGCCUUGGAGCAGGAAAAAGAGAGAGGACGCGUCAUCGAAUAGGAUUGAAAGUGCCGAAAUGUGGCGUCCAUCAAUGGGGCUGCCUGAGAGUCCGACAAACUGGCUCGUGAAUAGGAGAACUUCGAGAGUUGAAUUCAGAUACUGAGAGUUGCUCAGACUUGAAGUAUCUACUGUAUAGAUAAUUUUGUUUGUCAAUAACGAAGGAGGAAGAGGGAAGUUUGAAAUGCGAUGGACAUUGUUGAUACCCAUUCACGCGAACCUUUUCUC